AUGUCUCAGUUAACUAAAGCAAAUUGUACUGUAUUUGAUUUUUGCAGAGAUACAUUUGAUAUUGCAUGGAAUGGCAGAACUGGGAUUCGUCAGAGCAGACUAUCAAGUAGCACCUCUUUGCUUGAUAAAGACGGGAUAUUUGCUAAUUCAGCUAGCAGCAAACUCUUGGAGAGAGCCCAUGGAAUUCUCAUGAGAAACAAAAAUUUCAAGUCCAAGCCUGGCCUUCCAAAGCACUUGCUGGACGUAAAUUCUUUAAAGCAUCUGACAAGACUGACGCUACAGGAUCGCAUCACCAAGUCUCUUCUUCAUUUGCACAAGAAGAAAAAACCUCCCAGCAUCAGUGCCCAGUUUCAGGCCUCGUUAAGCAAGCUGAUGGAGACUCUUGAUCAAGCAGAACCCUAUUUUGUAAAAUGCAUUCGUUCUAAUGCUGAAAAGCUGCCGUUAAGAUUCAAUGAUGCCUUGGUACUUCGACAGCUUCGGUACACUGGGAUGCUGGAGACAGUUCGAAUUCGCCAAUCUGGAUACAGCUGCAAAUAUUCUUUCCAGGAUUUUGUGAGCCACUUCCACGUACUUCUUCCCCGAAAUAUUAUUCCAUCCAAAUUUAACAUUCAAGAUUUCUUCAGGAAAAUAAAUCUUAAUUCAGAUAAUUAUCAAGUUGGAAAAUCCAUGGUGUUCCUAAAGGAGCAGGAACGACAGCACCUACAAGAUCUGCUUCACCAAGAGGUGCUCCGCAGAAUCAUAUUGUUGCAGCGUUGGUUCAGGGUUCUUCUGUGUAGGCAGCAUUUCCUCCAUCUGAGACAGGCAUCCAUCAUUAUCCAGCGAUUCUGGAGGAAUUACCUAAAUCAGAAGCAAGUCAGAAAUGUAGCUGUGCAGAAGGAUGCUUUAGUUGUGGCUAGUGCGGCCACUCUUCUCCAGGCUUCCUGGCGUGCUCACUUGGAGAGGCAGCGGUAUUUGGAGCUCCGGACUGCAACCGUCAUCAUCCAGCAGAGAUGGAAGGAACAUUAUAGGCGGAGACAUAUGGCUGCUGUCUACAUUCAGGCAAGAUGGAAAGGCUACAGGGAAAGUAAGAGAUAUCAAGAACAAAGGAACAAAAUCAUCCUUUUGCAAUCAAUAUGUAGAGGAUUCAGAGCAAGACAAAGAUUUAAAGUUUUAAAAGAACAAAGACUGAAAGAAACAAAACUAGAACUUGGAUUGGCAAAUACUGAGCCAUCUGGAGCUCUGCAAAUUCAGGGUUCAGACCCUUCAGAGUGGGAGGAUUGUUCCUUUGACAACAGAGUAAAAGCUAUAGAGGAAUGUAAAUCGGUGAUAGAGAGUAAUCGAAUUAGCCAGGAAAUUUCAAUGGACCGCUUGAAAGAGUCCCCAAACAAGCGACAGGAGAGAGCCAGAAGCCAAAGUGGUGUAGACUUGCAGGAAGAAGUGAUUGUAAGAGAGAGACCUAAGUCCUUGGAGGAUCUCCACCAAAAAAAAGUAGGUCGGGCCAAAAGAGAAAGUCGGAGAAUGAGAGAACUAGAGCAAGCUAUAUUUAGUUUAGAAUUGUUGAAAGUUCGUUCUCUUGGUGGCGUGUCUCCUUCAGAGGAACGUAGAUGGUCUACAGAACUGAUGCCUGAAGGCCUUCAGUCUCUACAGGGUACACCUGACAGUGAAAGCUCUCAAGGAAGCUUAGAACUUCUGAGUUGUGAGGAAAGCCAGAAGAGCAAACUGGAGUCCAUAAUUUUAGAUGAAGGAGACUUACAGUUUCAAUCACCUAAAAUAUCUAGCAGUCCAAAAUUUGAUUCACAGAACAAUGCCCUCAGUGCCUCAAGUGAGACUAACUAUACAUUGAUUGAAAAAGGGGCAUCCUCUGACUCAGUGUAUUUGAAGAAUGGGACUAUGAAGGAAAAACUGGUUUGCAGUUCUGAAUCUAUUACCUGUAAGCCACAGCUGAGAGACCCCUAUAUUUCAAAUAGUUUGCCUACAUUUUUUUAUAUUCCUCAACAAGACCCACUGAAAACAAGUUCCCAACUAGAUACAAGUAUCCAGAGAAACAAGCUAUUAGAAAGUGAAGAAGCACUUUCAGCUCUCACUUUGGAUAUCAACAGGGAAGCCAGAAAGUACCACUUCCCAGGAGAAAAUCAAGUUUUUACAUCUUUGAAUACAGACUCUUCUAAUACUGUGCUGAAGAAGUUAGAAAAGCUAAACAUUGAGAAGGAAGAAAGGCAAAAGCAGUUGCAGCAACAGAAUGAAAAAGAGAUGAUGGAACAGAUACGUCAGCAAACAGAUAUUUUAGAGAAGGAGCGUAAAGCCUUCAAGACAAUUGAAAAGCCAAGAACUGGGGAGUCCUUCCUGGCACCAUCUUUCCAUCCAUCAGAGCAAAGAGUAGAGAGGCCAUCCUCUCUCCUCAUUCUGAAUACCCCAAAUAAGGAAGAACCGAAUGUAGUAGGGCCUCCAUCAGUAACUGUAAAAGAUGCAGCUCUUCUUCCAAAAGACAGUCCUUCUGCUCACCUACCCCAGAAGGACCGACCUGUCACCUUGUUCUUUGAAAGGAAAGGAGGCCCAUGCCAAUUUGCUACUACCAAGGAAUUAUCCAAGACAGACAGAAUGUGCACCCAACUGAAUGUAGCCUCUAAAGUUUCUAAUAAUCGUAUUUCAAAAAGAGAACACCAUAGACCAGCUCAGUCUUAUAGCCACAAAUCUGAUGACCCUUCCAGAGAUGGAACUACUAGGGUUAUUUUCUUUAUGCCAAAGGACAAUAUGAGUAUUUCCCUUGUCAACAAGGAAGCCUUAAACAGUGGAAAUCCUCAACUCCGUAAACAAGGUGAACCAACUUGGAAACCUGUGCAGUUAACUGGGCCGGGCCAAGGAGAGACAUCACAGCGAUUUUCUUCAGUUGAUGAAGAAACAAAGCUUCAUAAGACUAUGUCUCAAGGAGAGAUUACAAAAUUGGCAGUGAGGCAGAAGGCUUCAGAUUCGGACAUAAGAGAAAGGAGAUUAAAUCAGAUGAGAGUGAAAAUAUUUCCCAGCUUUGGAUUUGGAUUCUGUUCUGAGUUAAGUGUUUUACAAAUGGAACUGGAAAAAAGACUUUCAGGAAAUAAUUCUGUUCCCUUGAAGACAUUAUAUGACGUUAUUUGUCAA